AUGAAUUUGGCUAAUAUCUUAGAUAAAGCUUUAGAAGAGCUUCGGGAGAAGGAAUUAACUGAUAGUUUGACACAACACGUUAAUAAUAAUAAUACUAAUAAUAUUAUUAAUAGUAAUAAUAAUAAUAAUAAUAAUAGUAAUAAUAAUAAUAAUAAUAAUAAUAAUAAUAAUAAUAAUAAUAAUAAUAAUAAUAAUUCUGUGGAGGAAUUUAGUUUUAAAAAACAUUCUAAAUAUUUAAACAAUUUUGAAGAAUCAAAAAUAAAUGGGUCAACAGUAAAACAGUUUGAAUUCUUUAUGAAAAGUGUUUAUUUUCACGAAUUUGAACUCUCAAAAGAAGAUUUAAAUAUCGUUUUUAAGAUUAUUUCAAAAUUUAAAAAAUUCUAUACUAAAAUAGGCUAUUAUAAAUGGGAGAGUUAUAUAGCUUGUAGAUAUCCAAAAUAUUUUUCAUAUUUUCAUAAACCAACUCGAAUUAAUGAUAUUAUAGAUUCAAUUGUAAAAGCUAUAUUGCUUUCAAAACCAUGUAAAGGAUCAUAUAAAUUUUUAUUAGAAUUUAUUGAAAGUGUUAAUGAUUAUAUAUGUACAAAAGUUGCAGAUAAAAUUUAUGCAAUUAUUUUAGAUAAUAAUUAUGAAGUACUUGGUUUUGAUCAUUAUAAUUUAUUUUUUAUAUUGAUAAUAAUAGCUGAUAAAAUUAGUGCAAAUCCACAGGGUAUUAUAGGAUAUUUUAUUAAUAUUAGCAUUUUAGAGAUUCCUAAUGAAAAAAAACAUAUGGAAUAUUUGUUAAAAUUCAAAAAUUUUAUUGUCUAUUAUUACAAAAAAAAUACACAAGAAGUUUUGAACCAAGAGUUAUUUUCAUUUCUUGCAGCAUUUCAUGGACCAGAUUUACAAAAACAAAACCAACAAUAUUUAUUAGAUUUGGUUUAUGAUAUUAAAAGUUUUCCAGGAAAAGAAUACUUGGUUAAAGAACUACUUUCACAUGGUUAUUACGAUUUAUUUUUAAUGGAAUAUGCAGAAACAAAAAAACCAGCUUUUCAUUUCUUUUUGUUGAACCAUUUACCAUUUAAUGAAUUUCUCAAUCUUUCAAAGAAUUUCUAUUAUCAUAGUUUUAGAAAAUUUUUUAAGAGAUCACCACCAUGGAAUUCUGAUGCAUUCUUAAGAGCAUUGUUUCAUUCUAAUCAGGUACUUUUAAAUCCAACUAAAACUGAAUACAUUUUCAAAAUGGUUGAAGCUUCAACAUCUUUAUCAACAAAUAAUAUUAAAUCAUUAUAUGAUGCAGCUUUUCAAUUUUCAUUAAAAUCAUCAUCAUCAUCACAUUUCUCAUCUACUGUAUCAACUUGUUCACCAUCUUUAUCACCAAUAUCAACUUUAUUUAAAUCACAUAAAUUUUUAUCAGAAUUAUUUGAUGAAACUCUAUCAAUUAAUAAUAAUAAUAAUAAUAAUAAUAAUAAUAAUAAUACAGUAAAAAAAUUAUUCUUAACAAAUAAUUUAGAAUUCUUUUUAAAAGUAUUAACUAUUGAUAAUAUUGAUAAAUAUUUAUUACAAAUUUUUGGUAAAAAUAAAUUAUUAUCUUCAAAAAUUUAUAUUGAUAAAAUCAAUUCUAAAUUUAAUAGUAAUAAUAAUAAUGAUAAUAAUAAUAAUAAUAAUAAUAAUAAUAAUAAUAAUAAUAAUAAUAAUAAUCAAAAAUUUAUAAAUUAUUUACCAUUAUCAACAGAAUUUAAAGAAAGAAUUUUAUAUAUGUUAAGUUGUGAUAAAUCAAUUGCACAAUUUCAAAGAUUAAAUAUAGUUAUGGUUUGCAAACAUUUCUUUUCUACAUUUAGUAAACUUAUUAAUAAUUCAACGAUUGUACCAAUCAUUUUAAGUUAUAAUCAAUUUAGUAAUCUUAUUAGUAAUUCAUUUAAAAAUUUUAGAUCAAAUUCAAUGAUUUCAUUUCAAAAAGUGAAAUAUUUAAAGAUCUUUAACGAUAGAAUUCCAAAACUAACAAACACUGAAAAAAUUGAAGAAUCAAAAUUAUCAUUAAGAUCAAAACAAUUGAAAAAUAUAUUAUCACCACCACCACCACCAAUGACAACUAAAUUAUUUACAUCAACAAUGUUAACCCAUGAAAGUUUUUUUGGUUCAAUCUAUUUUUCAAUUGACUUUUUCACUGGAUUAGAAAUUCUUGAAAUUGAUCAACUCAUUGAAUUUCAUCAAGUUUUAUUACUCAAAUCACUAAAAAAGAUAAUAUUACAUCUUGAACAAAGUGAAGGUUCAUCAUUUGGUCCUGAAGAUAAAGAGAAAAUCGAUCUUUUAGUAAAUGGUGGUAUUUUCAAUGAUUUUACAACUGAUGGAUAUAUUGUUGAAUUACAUUUCAAACAUUAUAAAAAUAAAAAUCAUGGUAUAGAUAUGUCAUUAGUGAAAUCAGUUUCAAUGGGAUUAUCGAAAUUCUUUGAUUUAUUCGAUGAUGAUAUGGCAUCAAUACCAAUACUUUAUUUAGAUUUAAAUGAUUCUCCAACAAGAAAUUCACUAGAAACCUUUAAAAAAUAUUUAAAAUCAUCUCCAAAGAAAUUAUUAUUAAAUGAAUUACAUUUACAUUUUUCAGUUCAUAGUAGUAGCAUAAUAGGUAAUAAUAAUAAUAAUAAUAAUAAUAUUUUAAGUAUUGAAAAUAUUUUAGAGAAUUUCAAAUCAUUCAGUAAAAUUCAAACAUUAUAUUUCCAUAUUACAUCCAAUGAAAUACCAAUACCAUCUAAAGUAACCAUACAAUCAGUUAUUAAAUCAACACUCGAAUUUAUUUUAUCAAACUUCAAAAUGGUCAACAAAGUUUUAUUCAUCGAUGAAUAUGGUCUUCCAUUGAAUAUUGAUUGGUAUCAUAUUUUAAAUAUAUUACCUAAAGUGAAUAUAAAUACUUUUGAUUUCAUAGGGUUUCAUAUUGAUAACCAACCUGAUAUCACAAAGGCUAUUGAAGGAAAUAAUAAAAAUAAUUUAUCAAUUAACCAACAACAAAAAGAACAACCAACAAAAACAACAACAACAUCAACAAAAACAACAACAAUAACACCGACAGUAGCAGAAACAAAACAACCAAAAGCAGCAAAAACAUCAGAAACAAGACAACCAACACCAAUAAAAACAAAACAAACAACAACAACACCAACACCAACACCAAUAAAAACAACACCAACACCAACACCAACAACAACACCAACACCAACACCAACAACAAAAAUACCAACACCAACACCAACAACCACAAAAACAACAACAACACCAACACCAACAACAACACCAACAACAACAACAACAACAACAACAACAACAACAACAACAACAACACCAACACCAACAACAACACCAACACCAACAACAACACCAACAACCUCAAAACAACCUCAAAAACCUAAAGAACAAUCGCAUGAAAACAUUGCUUUUACAGAUUUUUAUGGUUUUAAUGAAAAGAAUAGUGAAAAAGAUAGCGAAGAUGAAGAUGAAGAUGAAGAUGAAGAUGAAGAUGAAGAUGAAGAUGAAGAUGAAGAUGAAGAUGAUGAGGAUAAGUUUUCGGAUGAUUGUAGUUCUGACUCAUUUUAUUUUAGAGAGUACUCUGAUAAAAGAGAACUUGGUCAAACUGAUGAUGGACAAUUCACUCCAUCAAAAUAUUCCAGAACGAGACAUAUGUAUCAUGGUGGUGGUGGUGAUGAUUCUGAUGAUUCUGAUGAUGGCUCAGACUCUGAUGAAGCCGCUAACUUUUUUGCUCAUCAAUUAGCAAGAGCUUCAUUACAUGGAAUGUUGGGUGCUUUAGGUUUUCUUGAUAAUUCCGAUAGUGACGAUGAUUCUGAUUGA